AUGGAGUUGGGCGUAGUGACCUUUCUUCUCGACGGAUUGCGCUUGCUGGCAGGAGAAGUACACAUGAUACCAGGCAUUCAUGGACAUAUCGAUAAUCUCAGACUUGAAUUAGAGAGCAUUUACAUGAUCUUAAAGGAAGCUUAUACAAGGCAACAGAGCAACACAAGCGUGAGUCCAUGGAUAAGAGCGGUUGGGCAACUAGCUUUCGAGAUUGAAGAUGUUAUAGACAAGUACAAGCUUUAUGCCGCUCGACAGUCUUCUAAGCCCUUGAGGAACCUGAUAUCUUUCCACUCUAUAGGCAAACAAAUAGAAGAUAUUCAGAAAAGAAUCAAUGACAUCAGGCAAAUAAGAGAAAGAUACAGAGAAAUCAUUUCAAGUCAAGCCCAAGCUAGUUCUACUACUACCUCAAUCGAAACACGACAGUUUCCCAAAGUGGCUUGCUUGUUCCUAGAUGAUCCUCAGAUUGUGGGCUUUGUUGAACCAGCAAACCAAUUGGUUUCUUGGAUAGGGGAACCAAUAUCAAUGACUGCUGUGAUCUCCGUGGUUGGAAUGGGAGGAACACAAAGAUCAAGGAUCUACCCAAGUCGGUUUGGUAAGCUUGUAAACCUUGAAACAUUGGAUCUUAAGCAAACAUAUAUCACCGAAUUGUCUUCUGAGAUUCUCCAGCUUCAUCGACUACGCCAUCUUCUGAUUUAUCGGUACGACUUUCUAAACUAUGCGGCUUUCGGUUGUGUUAGAGGUUUUAGUGUGCAUGGGAGAAUUGGUGGCUUAACUACUUUGCAAAAGCUGGCUUUUGUAAAAGCAAGCAUGGAAACCCGAAUAAUUGAUGACCUGCAAAAUUUAACCCAAUUAAGGAAAUUGGGGAUUGUUGAAGUUAGAAGGGAAAGUGGGGAAUAUUUGUGUCUCUCUAUUGAAAAAAUGCAGAGCCUUCAUACAUUAAGCAUAACAUCAGAAAGCAUGGAGGAAUAUCUAGAUCUAAACACACUGUCUCAUCCCCCUCGCCAUCUUCAACGUUUAUAUCUAAAGGGGCAGCUUGAAAGGAUGCCCAGAUGGAUUUCAGAACUUCAAAACCUGGUCAGGAUACGUCUGAAGUGGUCAAAACUAAGUGAUGAUCCCACUGAAGCCCUUCAAGAUUUGCCUACCCUAUUGGAUCUUCAAUUGCUUGAUGCCUACACUGGAUCUGAGUUGCUCUUCUCUGAAGGGAAAUUUAAGAAACUUAAGAUAUUGGAAUUUAAUCAACUGCGUAACUUGAGAAAGGUGAUGAUGGACAAUGGCACAUUACCCCAGCUUCAGAAACUAAUUAUAAGAUCAUGCCCAUUGUUAACAGCAGUGCCUAUAGGAAUUGACAACCUUACCCAGCUAGAGGAGCUUUACUUGCAUGAUAUGACUGAAACAUUCAUAAAUGGGAUUCAAAAGAAUGGAGGUAAAUAUCGUCGGAUGGUCAAUCACAUCCCAAUCAUUCAUUCUUACUCUCUUGGUUCUUUCACAAAUCUUUCAUGA